ACUAACAACCUCCUCCUCCUCCUCCGUCUGCCCCCUAUAAAUGGGUUAGCCGGGUCUCUUGCUCUCCCCACCUGGCUCUUGUUCUCACUCGCUUGGCUUAUUGGAAAGAGAGAGAGAGCGGACGGAGAUUCUCUUGUCCCUGCUGCUGAUACGGAGUUCAGCUCUCGAUCGUCGUCGAUUUUUUCCAUCUAUGAGCAAAUUCGGCAUCCGCUCUCCGCCCCGUUGAUUCUUGAUACCCUUUCAAAUUCUCCCCCGAUCUUCUCGCUUCCUCGUCUUCUCAUCGUCGUGGCCUGCCAUCCGAUUAUCUGAUUUUGGGUUUCUUUCUUCCUUCUCCGAUUCGAAACCUCUCUCCGCCCCUCAAUUCCCCACUGAUCUUUUCAAUUCCUUCUCGGAAUCCGCUAUUUCUAGGGUUUCGUCCCUUCUUUCUUGGUUUUUUUAUCCUCCCCCAGUUGUUUGUUUUUCUAGUUUGUUAUUCGGUCCGGUCCGAUACGUGAUCUCUAGGGUUUCUUGGCAAGAUCCGUUGAUCAGGUCCGACUUUCCCCAAGAUCCGACAAGAAACAGAUGAAUCCAAGGUUAAACCAGCAGCAGGCCUUAAUGCAGCAGGCGAUGCUCCAGCAGCAGCAUCUUUACCAUUCUGGCGUUCUUGCUGCGGCCAUGUCUCAGAUGGAGCCUGUUCCAAGUGGCAAUCUCCCCCCAGGGUUUGAUCCAUCUACAUGCCGCAGUGUGUAUGUGGGCAAUAUCCAUCCAGCUGUCACAGAGAGCCUUCUUGCUGAAGUUUUCCAAAGUAUUGGUCCACUUGAAGGAUGCAAGCUUAUUCGAAAAGAGAAGUCAUCUUUUGGAUUUGUUGAUUAUCAUGAUCGGAGGUCAGCAGCUCUUGCAAUUGUGUCAUUGAAUGGGCGCCAGAUAUAUGGUCAGGCAAUUAAGGUGAAUUGGGCAUAUGCUGGUGGCCAGAGGGAAGAUACAUCUGGACACUUCCAUAUUUUUGUUGGGGAUUUGAGUCCUGAAGUAACUGAUGCAACUCUUUAUGCCUGUUUCUCAGUAUAUCCCAGUUGUUCUGAUGCGCGUGUCAUGUGGGAUAACAAAACAGGGCGCUCUAGAGGAUUCGGAUUUAUUUCUUUCCGCAAUCAGCAGGAUGCUCAGAAUGCUAUAAAUGACAUGACUGGUAAAUGGCUUGGAAGCAGACAAAUACGGUGCAAUUGGGCAACCAAGAGUGCUGGGGAGGACAAACAGAACAAUGAUAAUCAGAAUGCUGUUGUAUUGACAAAUGGAAAUUCUGGUAAUGCAGAUGGAGGCCAGGAGAAUGCAAAUGAUGAGCCUCCUGAAAAUAAUCCUGCCUACACAACUGUAUAUGUUGGCUACCUGGCUCAUGAGGUGACACAAGCUGAGCUCCAUCACCAAUUUCACUUUCUAGGGGCCGGUGUUAUUGAAGAAGUGCGCAUACAGAGAGAGAAAGGAUUUGGAUUUGUGAGAUAUCAAACCCAUGAACAAGCUGCUUUAGCCAUUCGAAUGGCCAAUGGAAGGAUCCUAUGUGGGAAAUCAGUGAAAUGCUCAUGGGGUACUAAGCCAACCCCCCCGGGGACAACCUCCAACCCUCUACCACCCCCGGUUCCUCCUUUCCAAAUGUUACAAACGCCAGGUCUCCACCAAGGCUAUACAGCUGCAGAGCUGCUGGCUUACCAGGCUCAGGCUGCUGCUGCUGCUGCUGCUGGGCCAUUGGCUGGCCAGCAUGGCCUUGCUGCACAGGUAUCUGGAGGGCUCUUGUCUGGAGGUUCCCAGGCAAUGUAUGAUGGCUAUCCCAGUCACUCAUCUGCUCGACAGCUAAUGUAUUACAACUAGACCCAUGCAGUGGGGGCAGUUCUGCAUGAUGUGGACUGCUUCCUGAUGAAUGCCUGACUCGAACAUCCCUGCAUUGUUUGCUUUUGUUGUCUGCUAUUGAUAUUCAGCCCCUCAUCGUUCAUUUCAAGAUCUUAGCUUCUCUGUGUCUCUCUGUGUAUGAUGAUGGUAUUUUGUUUUCAAUUUAUGCAUGAUAUCAUGAAAUAAUAGGGCAUCGUAUUAGCCUUCUAA